UACAUUUUUUUUGUUACAGGAGCUAGAGUUAAUGCCAAAGACAGCAAAUGGUUGACUCCUUUACAUAGAGCUGUGGCAUCUUGUAGUGAGGAUGCUGUUCAGGUGUUGCUAAAGCAUUCAGCAGAUGUCAAUGCUCGUGAUAAAAACUGGCAGACACCCUUACAUAUAGCAGCUGCAAAUAAAGCUGUGAAAUGUGCCGAAGCUUUGGUGCCUCUUCUGAGUAAUGUAAAUGUGUCUGAUCGGGCAGGUAGAACUGCGUUGCACCAUGCAGCCUUCAGUGGACACGUUGAGAUGGUCAGCUUACUGUUGUCUAGAGGAGCCAAUAUUAAUGCAUUUGACAAGAAGGACAGAAGAGCUAUACAUUGGGCAGCAUAUAUGGGUCAUAUCGAAGUUGUGAAAUUACUUGUGGCCCAUGGAGCUGAAGUAACAUGCAAAGACAAGAAAUCAUAUACACCUUUACAUGCUGCAGCAUCUAGUGGGAUGAUCAGUGUAGUCAAAUAUCUUCUCGAUCUUGGAGUUGAUAUGAAUGAACCAAAUGCCUAUGGAAAUACUCCUCUUCAUGUAGCUUGCUACAAUGGACAAGAUGUUGUAGUGAAUGAACUCAUAGACUGUGGUGCUAAUGUAAAUCAAAUGAAUGAAAAGGGGUUUACACCUUUGCACUUUGCUGCUGCAUCAACACAUGGAGCACUGUGUUUGGAACUUUUGGUCUGUAAUGGAGCAGAUGUAAAUAUGAAGGUAGGUGAAUCCAAAACCAUCCAUUCGCUCUUAACAAUGUAGUACAUCUUUUUCAGAAGUGAUUUUUAAAGCUUUCGAUGAGGCAGUGAUUGGAGUUCCAACUGACUGGUGUAAUAUUUCUGUGAAAUGUAAUGCAGAAAAAAAUAAGGACAGUUGCUUCAAGGAAGUUGGUCUGAAUCUUAACUGUCUAUGGGAUACAGUAAGAACCCCAAAAGGAUCAUGAAAGUUGACAAUACUAUCUAGUCAAUCCUGGCUACGUUUAAUUGGCAGAAGUCCCUAUCAUUUUGUUUUCCUGAUUCUGUCUAUAUGAUUAAGAGCAUAAUGAAAAUACAAAAUUACAUAUUUUUCUCAUAAAUAAGCAACAUAAAAGAAAUUCAAGAUUUUUCGGAGAAAUAUGUAUGAACAGGAUAAGUUGGAGAGCUCCUCCAACAAAAGAUCCUAAAAUCUGGGAGGGAAGAGUCAUAUUAAAGUUAGAAAGGUAAGUAGAUUGGGCUAAUGGAAAGUCUUGAACAGAUAUUCCAGCAAAACUUUAUGAACAGAGCUGACAUACUUAUAACACUCUUGGUCACAGUUCUUUGGUGCAGAAUAUUCUUUAGAAUCCAGUCUUAGUGAAGAGAUCGUUUCUAAUCCACCAAUUAUAAAAACAAACUAUAACACAAAAGUCACAUUAUCUUCUUGAGCGCGUAGGUUAAGGUCUCAAGGUGUGUGAGAAAGAUGAGAUCUCCUAUUUUGUGUGAAGUUCGUUUUGACUCUAGUAACGAAAGCUUAAUUAUGUUCAGCAAUAUUCAGUGUCAGUGUCCAAUGUUUUGACAGGUAUCGGGCUGGGGGAAGUGGGAAAUGACUAUGUUGAAUGUUGUUCUUCUUGUAACAUAUCUAUUUGUACAUGUGGUAGGAAGAGAAGUAUCUACUACUUUAGUUUAUUUGUAUAUCUUCUUUAUUCUGCACUUAUUGAUAUAUAUAUUAAUUUCAGUAUUAUUUGGGUGAGAGGUGAAAGUUGGAAGAAUUAAAAUUUCUUUUAAAAAUCAUUGUUUUGUGGUUCACUUUUCAUGUGAGAGCUUUGCACUACUUCUCAGGUAACUAAUUCUAAAAUACAAUUAUAUAUCUAUUGCUAGUACAAAAUAUGUAGCCCACUGAAAUUUUGGGGGUAAUUUAAAAAUAUAGUGUGGAAAAAUCUUAGAUGUAUGUUACUGCUCACUUUGACAUAUAUCUGAAUGUGGAGAUCAUUUAUUGAAAAAGUAUUUAAACUCAGUUGUGGAAAAAAUUCAUCACAAAACUGCCCUGGAGGUGGAAGGAGCUGUGCUACAGGCUUUUCAGCCAGCUUCUCAUAAAAUCUGCAGGCUUCAGUUCAUUUAUUCUCAUUGCCAGCUUUCUACUCGAUAUCGCAGGCUGGAUAUGACAGAGGAUUUAGUAUUGCAGAGCUGUCUUCUGUCCUACAUUCCCAAGACCACAUUGCUCAGUAAUGUAUGUUCUGUCACAAUGUCAAAUAUACUUUUGAUUAUGUAAAUAAGUUACAUGUGCAGAUAAGAAACCUAACUAUCACCAAGCAAAGAAUUACUGUUUCCCUGUUUGGUUUGCAGUGUUCAUGAUUUUGUGCAUUCCUGAUACAGAAGAAAGAAGUGGUGUGGACAGAAAAAUGUGCAGCCAGCAAUGUCUUGGGUUUUUGGCUGUUCAUUUACAAAUACACCUAAAUUGUAGGCUAGGAUUGAAAAUGAAAACUUUCAGUGUUCUGUUAGGAUAAUUAAACACUGCUAAAAAUUAUUGUAAUCUUUGAACUUUAACCUUUGUUUAACGUAUGGUACACCGCAGAUACUGACUACAUUUAGUAGUAAUACAGAAUAACAUCAGAAACUGUGCAAAGAGCAGCUAAUAUAUUCAAAUUGACUGACAAAGCUUCUGAGUUCUUUGAUGCUUAUAAUGUGAGUGAAGUGUUGUUUGGAGGUGGCAAAAUAUUCCUUGACAUCAGACAGAUGUUUCCGUCCUGCCCAUUUGAUUUUAAGUUACUGGAUCCAAAGCAUAGAUUUCAUGGUUCCUUUAACUAUUAAGAUAAAUCUUGGAUUUAAUCAGAAUAAUCCUUAAAAACGGCAAAGGGAAACUAAGUUAGAAUCUGUGUGGCUGAUAAUCAGUUGCAGAGUUGGAAUUGGAUGCUUUUAGAGCUUUCCUAUUAAGUAUUUAUUGAAACGAAGCUUGUUCAGUUUCCAAAUACUGAGGCUGAUGUUCAGAGUAGUUCUUACAAAGUAGUUCCAGUAGAGAAUGCAAAAUGUCUUACAAAUCUGUGUUACAUUUCUUUCUAAAUUAAUUUUGAACAGAAUGUAUUUUGAAAAAUGACUUAUUGAUUAUGUUGUGUUUUUUCAUUUGCACUGCAAGAUUAUUUUAUUGCUUAUUUUGCUGUCCUUUGCAAGAUCUUAUGUUGUUUUUGAGGGUUCUCCUUCGAUCACCACACUACUUAGUUUCUAAUACUGCCACCUUAGGUUAUUCCUGAAGUCCCUGUGAGGUGCUUUAUCAGUGACACGUGGAUCUACUUUUUUUCUUCUCCUUUGAGAUAGUUUUAGCACCAUUCAACCAGUGCUGUUGCAGGUUUCUUCUUCUAAGCCCUGAAAUUCUUCUGUGCCUUGUUGACUUGACUGAUGUAUUUCCUUACUUUCUUAGUUUCGCCAUUUAAAUUUUAGAAUGUUACUUACCAAAGCAGUUUCUGGUCACUCGCUCAAACUAAGCUUAUUUUAUACAGUCGUAUUUCUUUACAUUUCUUUAUCUGAAAGAAAGAAAAAAGUGAGGGAAAGAGACACCAAGUGUAUACAUUUUUAUUUAUAUAUUUUUUUUAAAGGAGGAAACUGUUUGGACAUGCAAAAUAUUAUUGGUUGCAUAAAGAGAGCGGAGUUUAACUCCUAUGUAGGUGGACAUUCCAAGAAAAUUCUCUUGGUUAAAA